AUUUAUUUGCCUUCCCCAGGGCCCCCCACGAGCCUUUUCCAGCCGCCCCGUCGCCCAGGCCUGGGAACUGUUGGGAAGCCCAUCCGUCUCCUGGCCAACCACUUUCAGGUUCAGAUCCCGAAGAUUGAUGUUUAUCACUAUGAUGUAGAUAUCAAACCAGAAAAACGCCCCCGAAGAGUGAACAGGGAGGUGGUGGACACCAUGGUGAGGCACUUCAAGAUGCAGAUAUUUGGAGAUCGGCAGCCUGGGUAUGAUGGAAAGAGGAACAUGUACACUGCACACCCGCUGCCCAUCGGCAGGGACAGAGUGGAUAUGGAGGUGACACUUCCAGGAGAGGGGAAGGACCAGACGUUCAAGGUGUCCAUUCAGUGGGUGUCAGUGGUCAGCCUGCAGUUGCUGCUGGAAGCUCUGGCCGGGCACCUGAACGAGGUUCCUGAGGAUUCUGUGCAGGCACUGGAUGUGAUCACACGGCACCUUCCCUCCAUGAGGUACACUCCUGUGGGUCGCUCCUUUUUCUCCCCCCCUGAAGGUUAUUACCACCCUCUGGGUGGUGGCAGGGAGGUCUGGUUUGGUUUCCACCAGUCAGUCAGACCUGCCAUGUGGAACAUGAUGCUCAACAUUGAUGUGUCAGCAACUGCUUUCUAUCGUGCCCAGCCUAUCAUUGAGUUCAUGUGUGAGGUCUUGGACAUUCAGAACAUCAAUGAACAAACUAAGCCUCUUACAGACUCCCAGCGUGUCAAAUUUACCAAAGAAAUCAGAGGUCUGAAAGUCGAGGUUACCCACUGUGGCCAGAUGAAGAGAAAAUACCGAGUCUGCAACGUAACUCGGCGACCAGCCAGUCACCAGACGUUUCCUCUGCAGCUGGAAAAUGGGCAGGCAAUGGAGUGUACAGUAGCUCAGUAUUUUAAGCAGAAGUACAGUCUGCAGCUAAAAUAUCCUCACCUCCCCUGUCUCCAAGUAGGACAGGAGCAGAAACACACGUACCUGCCCCUUGAGGUCUGUAACAUCGUGGCAGGCCAGAGGUGCAUCAAGAAGCUGACGGACAAUCAGACCUCCACGAUGAUCAAAGCAACCGCGAGAUCCGCGCCGGACCGGCAGGAGGAGAUCAGCAGGCUGGUGAAAAGUAACAGCAUGGUUGGUGGCCCUGACCCGUAUCUGAAGGAGUUUGGCAUCGUCGUCCAUAACGAGAUGACUGAGUUGACAGGCAGAGUUCUGCCAGCACCCAUGCUGCAGUAUGGAGGCAGGAACAAGACUGUGGCCACACCAAACCAAGGUGUGUGGGACAUGAGAGGGAAACAGUUCUAUGCUGGCAUUGAGAUUAAAGUUUGGGCUGUUGCCUGUUUUGCUCCUCAAAAACAAUGCAGGGAAGACUUACUGAAGAGUUUCACGGACCAGCUGCGCAAGAUCUCCAAGGACGCGGGGAUGCCCAUCCAGGGCCAGCCCUGCUUCUGCAAGUACGCCCAGGGGGCAGACAGUGUGGAGCCCAUGUUUAAACACCUAAAACUGACUUACGUGGGUCUGCAGCUGAUCGUGGUGAUCCUACCUGGAAAGACACCUGUGUAUGCUGAAGUCAAGCGGGUUGGUGACACUCUUCUAGGAAUGGCCACUCAGUGUGUUCAGGUAAAGAAUGUGGUCAAAACCUCACCACAAACGCUGUCCAACCUGUGUCUGAAGAUAAAUGCAAAGCUUGGAGGAAUCAACAAUGUGCUUGUACCUCAUCAAAGGCCCUCGGUGUUCCAGCAGCCAGUGAUCUUUCUGGGAGCAGACGUGACGCACCCUCCGGCGGGGGACGGGAAGAAGCCGUCCAUCGCGGCGGUGGUGGGCAGCAUGGGCGGCCACCCCAGCCGCUACUGCGCCACCGUGCGCGUCCAGACCUCCCGCCAGGAGACCUCCCAGGAGCUGCUCUACAGCCAGGAGGUCAUCCAGGACCUGACCAACAUGGUGCGAGAGCUCUUGAUCCAGUUCUACAAAUCCACCCGUUUCAAGCCCACGCGGAUCAUUUACUACAGGGGGGGAGUAUCCGAAGGACAGAUGAAGCAGGUAGCUUGGCCAGAGCUGAUAGCAAUCCGGAAGGCCUGUAUUAGUUUGGAAGAAGAUUAUAGACCAGGAAUAACCUACAUUGUUGUGCAGAAAAGGCAUCACACCAGACUAUUCUGUGCUGACAAAACUGAAAGGGUGGGUAAGAGCGGCAACGUACCAGCAGGCACAACUGUGGACAGCACCAUCACACAUCCUUCUGAAUUUGACUUUUACCUCUGUAGCCAUGCAGGAAUUCAGGGAACCAGCCGGCCCUCCCACUACCAGGUCUUGUGGGAUGACAACUGCUUCACAGCAGACGAGCUGCAGCUCCUGACUUACCAGCUGUGCCACACCUACGUCCGGUGCACGCGCUCCGUCUCUAUUCCAGCUCCCGCCUACUAUGCCAGGCUGGUGGCGUUUAGGGCCAGGUACCAUCUUGUGGACAAGGAUCACGACAGUGCUGAAGGCAGCCACGUGUCAGGACAGAGCAAUGGCCGCGAUCCUCAGGCCCUGGCCAAGGCCGUGCAGAUCCACCAUGAUACCCAGCACACCAUGUAUUUUGCUUGAGAGCAUCGGGAAAGAUGAGGCAAAACCAACAACCCGUGCAGCCCUGAAAUGGUUUGAAUGCCUACUGCUCUAGCUAGGGCCCAGUUUGUUUCAGGCUGCCCUCUACCAGCAGCUCUGAACAGUUGCACUGAAUCUGUUCUUCACAGCAAUGUCUGAUGCACCAACACAAUUGAGCCAUUUGUUUCAUUAUUUUAUGUAACAGAAAUCCAUAGACUUGUCUUUUCUGAUGCAUUGGACUGAAUUUUUACCUCAACAGGCCGAUCAUCCUGACAUUUUUAAAGGACUUGGCACGAAAGGUUUCUAACAAAUAUUUUGCUAGCUGUUGUUUUUAAGUUCUCUCCUCAUCCCAUUAGCUUAUCAUGACGACUGGUUCCCUCUCUCCACGCACUGCUUAGUGAGUGUGCAUAUGAUGGCAAAAUGUUUUACUCCAGCUCAAUGUAAUUGUUCUAUUGUGUGGGGCCAUAGAUUUUUUAAUGGAGAUUUUAGACUUCACUACUGUAAAUGCCUUUUAACAAACGUAACUUUCACAGGUAUUGCAGUUUUUGGUCGGUUUUACUAAUUAUCUUUUUAAUCUCUGCAGACCUGGGCUGCAAAGCAAUUGCACUAUACUGCGAGUUCAAAUAGGUGGUUCCUGCUCUGUGAAUGUGUAAUAUAACCAGAUAGUGAUGCCUGUCAGUAGAUUUGAAUUAUAAUGGUUACAAAUAAUACUGCCAUGGUAUCGUAACAAGUACUGAACCAUCAUUUCCCCCCUCUAAAAAUGAUAAAA